AUGACAACGACGGCGUCGAAAGUGUUCAUCAUCGGCCCAGGCCUGAUCGGAUGGAACAUUCUCGACCAACUCGUGGCGGAAGGAUACCAGGUGACGGCACUGACGCGGCGCGAACAGCAGGCGUCAGAGAUCCGCCAGUCGGGGGCGACGGCCGUGAUGGGCACGCUGGCGGACGUCGAGCUGAUCCGCGAGCACAGCGCAGCCAGCGACAUCGUGAUCCAGUGCGCGACCGGCGACGACCUGGCGCUCGCGCAGGCCGUGCUUGACGGGGCGCGCCUCCGAGCCCGCGCCGGCCUGUCCUCCAUCUACCUGCACACCAGCGGGGCCAAGGUGUUCGACGACGGCGCCAAAGGCAUGUUCUGCUCCGAGCGUGUCUACCUCGACUCGGUGCGCGGUGACAUGGAUAGCGUGGGGCCGGACGCGCCGCAUCGCCAUGUCGACGCUGCGUUGGUGGCGGCGGAGGAGGACGCCUCGCUGCGUUCCCAUCUCCGCCUCGCCAUCGUCCUACCCCCCGAAGUAUACGGCUACGACGACCGGCACGGCCGACUGUCCAUGACCAUCCCCAAACUCACGCGCUUCGCCCUGAAGCACGGCUACGUGCCCGUCAUCGGCAAGGGGCUCGCGGUCGAGACGAACGUACACUAUCGAGACCUGGUGGGUGGAUAUGUGGCGAUUCUGCAUUUUUUGGAACAACAGCAGCAGGAGCAGGAGCAGCAGUCCAUUGACACAAACACAAACACCAACACCACCAAUCCAUAUUGGCUAUGCGAGAACGGCGACGGCACCGAGUUCGCCUGGAUCGACGCCGCCACCAUCAUUGCCCGCGCCCUCCACCAGGCCGGCAGGAUCGCCGACCCGCGUCCCCGCCAGCCGCCCGAGCAGCUGUACGGCGAGCUGUGUGGCGACCGGACCGAGAGUUAUUUAGGCCUCAACUGUCGCGCGAGGGCGGUGCGGCUGCGCCAGUUGGGCUGGGAACCGCGCGAAAAGAAGAUUUGGGAGUCCUAUCUCGAUGACGAACUGCCUGUUUUAUUGAGGGAGUGA